AUGAAACUGUCAAUCACACUACUUAUCGUACUAGUUACGGAUUGUUUUGCGUGGUCAAUAAAUACUGAUCGAACGGAUAAUGGUUUGCCAGUCGAACGGCCAAGUAGACUUUAUCAGACAAUGCUACUUAAAUCAAAGCGUAGUCCAAGCAUGGGCUUAUCAUUAGCGGAAUACAUGGCAAGUCCCCAAAGUCAUGAUAACUUCCAUUUUAUACCAAUCAUUCGUCGUUGA